CCGCUGUUAGUGAAAAGCCCGCGAAAUACAUUUUCCGUUUUUUUUUAAUCAUCAUUCGGAAGUCACUUUUUAACACACAUCAACCGUAUUUUCAACUGAUUUCAUUAAUUAAUGUGCUUCUGGUGGUAGCUUUAGGAUUGCAUGAUGGAGGUGGGGGUGCGAUUGAUGGGCAUCAUCCUCCGAUUGCUGAAUCUCCUACUGGCGCCAUUGUUUUGGUGGCGUGGAAGACACCAAGGGUCGCUGCCGCCACCGCCGUCGCCGCUGUUACUUAAAAGCGCCACGGAAUUGGCUGCUGCUAUCAGAGAUGGAGAGAUAACUAGUGAAAAGCUAGUAUCGAUAUACGUCGAUCGUGUUAAAGAAGUGAAUCCAUAUUUGAACGCCGUAGUGGAAGAACGGUAUCGCGCGGCCCUUGAAGAGGCUAAGUCUGUGGACCGACAAAUUGCCGACGCUAAACAACAUGGGACCUUGGAUUUGCUGGUGAAAAAUAAACCAUUGCUUGGAGUGCCUUUUAGCGUGAAGGAAAGUUGUUCUCUUGCUGGUCUAUCAAACUCUGUGGGAUGUCUCGAGAAUGCAGGUCGUCGCGCCACAACAGAUGGCGAAGUUGUGCGACUUGUUCGAAAGUCUGGUGCCAUACCUCUCCUGGUUUCCAACACUCCAGAACUUUGCUUAGGAUGGGAAACUACAAACCUAUUAAGAGGGACGACUAAUAAUCCUUAUUGUCUGAGCAGGACACCUGGGGGAUCUUCGGGAGGAGAGGGAGCAUUACUAGCAUGUGGAGCGGCGGCGUUUAGUGUUGCUUCAGAUGUGGCUGGCUCGAUACGGAUACCUGCUGCUUUUUGUGGACUCUUUGGUCAUAAGCCUACACCUGGUGUAAUAUCAAUAGAAGGCCACAUCCCAACGUUGAGCGAUGAACUAUUCCCCCGAUUCCUGACUGUAGGUCCGAUGGUACGGCGCGCGGAAGAUCUCCCCCUUCUUAUGAACAUUAUGGCCGGUCGUAACAAACAUAUGCUACGUCUUGAUGAACCUGUUGAUAUGAGUAAAUUAAAGAUAUACUACAUGACAGAAGCAGGAUCCUCGCUAGCUCUGAUAAGAGUUCACCAGAGCAUAAAGGAUAUGAUCAUCAACGCGGCUAACUAUCUGGUAAAAGAGUGCUCCUCUCAAUUGUGCCAGGAAAAAUUCAGUGAAUUAAUAGACUCGGUGGAAAUAUCAAUAUCGGUGUUCUUCUCGAUGAAAGAUAUUCCAAAUAUGCUACAAGACCCUGCUAAUCCUAAGGUUCCUGGCAUUGUUUGUGAUGACCUGUCGUUGUACAAUGAAAAUGACGAUGAAAUUAAAUAUGUACGUACUCAUAAGCCGCGUAUGCUACAAUGUGAAAGGAGCUUAUUUAUGGAACUUUUAAAAAGUAUCUUCGGCGGUGGAACUCGGUCAUUGCAGGCAUUGGGUUUUACAGUAAUAAACAAAACUCGUUUAUUCAUACCACAAUCACGACGUCCUGCUUAUAACGGAAUGGCCAAAUAUCUACGGGAGUUGAUGACGAAAACACUUGGCGAUAACGGUGUUCUUCUUUACCCUGUAUGUAACGGACUGGCUCAUUACCACCAUCAGGUGUUCUUGCGGGCUUCUGGCGUCAUGUAUACGAUGAUUUUCAAUAUUUUGGGAAUGCCUGCCACCACUGUGCCCAUGGGCUUGUACAAAGGCCUCCCUGUUGGAAUUCAAGUAGUCGCAGCUCCAAAUCAAGAUAGGUUAUGUUUGGCAGUCGCUAAAGAACUUGAAAAAGGCUUUGGGGGUUGGCGACCUCCUCAGUAAAAAUGUGCAAAAUGUAGGGUUAGUUGCCACAAAAUUAACAAAUCAAGUAUCAAACCACAAGUAUGGCGUGGUUGAUUUUCUACUGGGAACUUAUAGGGUUUAAGACUUAAUGUUUUAAUCGUUUCAGCUAUUUUAUACGUCUAUAUUAAAUGUUAGACCAAUUAAAUUGGUAAUUAUUAUGUAAUAGCGAAUAUUUAACAAUAUCAUGUUUAUAUUUAUUUACAUAUUAUCUAAUAUGUCUUUCAUGUAAACUUGAUCGCAUCUCCACUUAUUACAGUUGUGUAUAUUUAAAUUGGUGUAAAAUUUUCAUUACCUACUUCAUAUUAUUUCGUUUUAAUUUAAACAUUAUAGUUUUGUUUUUUUUUUCUAAAAUUAAGAUUAGUGUUGCACACAAACGGCAACAGGGAGAAACCUUAACUAAAAAUUAAUUUAAUUCAAAUAUUAAUCUCCCUCUCGCAUGUGUCCGAAUGCCAACAUACCCAUUGUUUAUAGUAAUAUAAAUAUUAAUUAUAAAGUAUGCGCACUGUUAUUAAAUCAGAGUAUUUUCAAUUAGAAGCGCUGUAACUUAUAAUAUUGUGUACUUAUAACUAACUGUGUACUGCAUCUUACAGGCGUUUUGAAAACUGUAUGUUUCUACACAAUGAC